AUGGAGUGGGAUAUUGCGAGUUUGUAUGCUAGACUUAGGUUAACGGCGAAGGAAUCUCAAGUGCUCGAGGCUGAAGAAGAGGAUAAUGGGCUCUCCCUGGAAAAACGAGCAAAGUGCAUCGCGUUUAGGGUUCUUGCCGAUCGGGAGGAUAUAGCGUUCAAUGAAGAGGUUUUUUGGGUCCAAUGCCAUGACCUACCCUUUGCCGGUAUGACGUAUAAAACGGGGAGUGCAAUAGGAGAGCGUCUUGGGAAGGUCUUGACAGUUGAUACGGAUAGUAGUGGGGUUUACAUAGGAGCAUUCCUGCGCAUAAAGAAGGAACUAGGGGCUGCGAUUGGGGAAGGGAUUGAACAGCAGUAUGGUCCAUGGUUGAGAGCUAAUUGGAAGCUUUCAGCAGGUGUAUCAUUGUCGGAGGGGGCUGCCAAAUCUCAGCUGCAUUGCCCAGCUUCAAAUCCUGAUCCUCAGCAGACUGGAGAUGAAAGUAAUUCUGGGCAGAUGGAGGUGGAGGACAAUGGGAUAGUAGCAGGUGUGGAUAUCCAGGUGAAGGAUAGUAGUGGGGAAGCUCGCCCUAAUAGGAGUGUCCUAAUGGAUUUGGGUCAGAGAAAAAACUGGAAAAAGAGGGCUCGUUCAAGUUCAGAUUCGGCUAGGCACCAGGUUAUGGACGUGGAUGGAUGCGAGCCCAAUGAUUGGAGCUCAAGAGGGCAAGAGACUGAGGGUACUGAGGAGUCACCUCCCAAGCGAGUUAAACGUGUGCAGGGAGAAGCGGAGGGCCCUAUUUUGCCAGUGGCUGCUGAGCAGCCUUGGCAACCUCCGCCAAGUUCCCAGUUUUUGGUGGUCUGGUGGUGUAUAUGUGUUUCACCAGCUUGUUUUGGUUUGUUUCUUGUCUCUGGUUGUUCAGGGCUGAUGAGUUUGAUGGUUGAUGGAUUUCCUGCUCCUGGAAGUUUGCCUCUGCUGAUGGUUUCAUUUUUGCUGGAUUCAUUUCUUGAUUGGGGACCGUUUUGCGUGGGUCGGUUCUUUUGCCUCGUGUGGGGGCUGGUUGGUUUCUGGUGGUCGUACAUGACCAUUGUAAUAGCUUCAGCUUCGGCUUAG